GGAAGGUCCGGUGUAUUCGUAUUGGUUCGAGAACGAUCGGCGGUCUACGGCCCUGAAUGUUUGUGCAGCUCGGAUCUCGGCGAGCGGCGUCGUUGGAGGGGGGCCGUCAACUAUGGCCGGCGCAGAAGGCAGGCCACGAAAGAAAUGUGGCAGCGCAUUUCGCUUAGUACGGACUUAGACUGCUCUAAGUGGCGGUCGUGUACGCCGGUGUCCGAGGACGAGGACGACGACGACGAGGACGACGACGAGGAGGAGGAGGAGGAGGGCGUCGUUUCGAAACGCUUGACAGUAAAGUUCCCAGAGGCUCGCGCGAAGCUCUCCAGCUGCACUCACUGGACCGUGGAACACUCUCGUCCUCUAACGUCGCCUACGCCUUCUUGCGUAAACCGGAUGCUCGUGACGGGCGCGCGUUUACGAAUUCGGCGGUCGCGACGGAGCCCGAUCGGUGGCGGGGGGUGUGAAUUCGUAGUAGAAAACGCGGCCAGGCCGAGUGACAACGUUUUGUGACAGUGACACUGGAGUGCCGACAAAGCUGUACGGAGGCUACGUGUCUCGAUCGCGCCGACCGUGGACUCCUGUCGGCCCUAUGACAGAAAAGGAGGGACACGUGUUCGUAAGUGCGACGAGAUUCCCGCGAAAACAACGAACGAUAAUCGCCGACACCGUGGACCCGGUUGUCGCGUGAUAUUCAAAACAAGCGAACUCGCGUGUGCGCCCUCGUGUUUGUCGGCGGUGUGUCCCGCGAGAGGGAGAUACCGGAAUCGAAAGAGAAAGGGGGAGAGCCGAGUGAAAGAGAGAGACGAGAGAGAGAGAGAGAGAGAGUAUCGGCCGGAGCAAAAGCGAGAGAUACAGAAGGACAGAGAAAGAAGACGGAAGAAAAAGACGAAUGCCCGAGGAGUCAGCGGUCUCGCGUAUUUACUGUUCCGCGGUGGUACGGAGCUAACCUAAAAACCGAUUCCCGGUGUCUCUGUUUUCUGUGUACAUCGUCGACGGUCGCAGCACGGUGCGCCGCGGCGCAUGCGCAGAACAACUUGUGUGUGCCUCGUGCGCGAAUUUCGAUUGCCGUGAGAAUUGCACCGGCGACGUGUCCCCGGGAGAAUCGCGCGGGUAAAAUAAGGAGAGAAGACUGUCCGUCGAGAUCGAACGUGUGCUGUGAGAUGUGUUCAACGAGAAGUUCGUGCGAGCGUUAACGUGCAAAACGUCGGCGGGAGUGAGUGUGAAAAAAUCGGUUCUUCUGUCGUGUUUUGUAUUCUUGUCGUGCCUCGUGGUUUUCGAAGAUUCCGACGACGACGACGACGUCGCGUGGGUUCUCGGCCCGGCGCGAACAGAAGCCGAGGAAAGGGAAAAGCGCGAGUCGAAGAUUACGGGCGAAAAAACCCUCGACAAAUACAUCCCCGGCGGGGAGUAAUAUUACAAAAUAAUCAUACUGCGAAUUGUGACGGAGCGAAUGCAUGACGGAUCAUGGUUUCUGCGUCCGGCCCCACAGGGAUCCUAGCGGGACGCCCUUCCGGUUCUCAGUGCCAUCAAAGUCUCCAGUCCUCGCAGAACGGAAGCACCGGCAAGGCUCAUCACGAGAAGCACGGUAAAAGUGUCGAAGACGCGAAACUGCGGCACGAGUCCGAUCUCUAUAUCAGGCCCAGCUGGACGGAUGCUGCGAUAGCGUUGGAUCAACUCGAGAAGGGCAAAGCGGAAGGUCAAAGGUCUGCGGUGUGGAUCAGGGCAAGGCUGCAGGAUCAGCUGAGUCAGCUGGGCUACUUCCUGCAGAGGCACGCAGGCAAAGUCCUCUUCCUCGCGAUCGUCGCUCUGGCUACGUUCUGUGUCGCCCUCAAGUCCGCUCAAGUUCACAGCAAGGUCGAGCAGCUCUGGGUUCAAGAAGGCGGAAGGUUACAGAAGGAGCUGACCUACGCGUCGGAAGCCCUCGGCGAAGCUGCAGCGUCGACGCAUCAAUUGGUGAUCCAAACGCCGAGACAUUCCGGGGCGAAUAUUUUGCAUCCUGCCGCGCUCAAGGAACACUUAGCGAUCCUGAAGGCGGCCACGCAGGUCACCGUACACCUGUUCGAAAUCACGUGGAGGCUGAAAGACAUGUGUUACGCGCUGAACAUACCCAACUUCGACAUGCACUACAUCGACCAGAUCUUCGAUAGUAUCAUACCGUGCGCCAUCAUUACGCCCCUCGACUGUUUCUGGGAAGGCAGCAAGCUCCUGGGACCGGAGUAUCCCGUCCACAUACCCGGGGCGCAAACGAACAAGCCGAUCCAGUGGACGAACCUCAAUCCGACUGGUAUGCUGGACGAGAUGAAGAAACAGUUCGUGUUUCCCUUCAAAACUCUGGAGGAUUACAUGAAGCGAGCCGGGAUAACGAAUGGCUACCAGAGCAAGCCGUGCCUCGACCCAACGGAUCCGGAAUGCCCGGAAACCGCGCCUAACAAAAACUCACAGCAGGUACCAGACAUAGGGGCGGAAUUAACGGGCGGCUGUUACGGUUUCGCGGCGAAAUAUAUGCAUUGGCCGGAGGAGCUGCUCGUCGGCGGCGCUAAGCACAAUAAGACUGGUCACUUGACCCGGGCAGCUGCGCUCCAGACCGUUGUGCAGCUAAUGGGCGAACGAGAGCUUUACGAUUUCUUCGCCGGCACCUACAAGGUACACCACAUCGACUGGUCCCAGGAGAAGGCAUCCCAAGUGCUCGAAACCUGGCAACGGGCGUUCAGCAAUCAGGUGAAGAAGCAUUUGGACUCGAACAGCUCGGCGCCGUACAAUUUGUACGCGUUCAGCACGACCACCAUGAACGACAUACUCGGGAAGUACAGCGAGGUGCCCGUCAUGAAGAUCGCCAUUGGCUGCGCGAUGAUGCUGUUGUACGCAGGUAUCGCGCUCCUCCGCUGGAAGGACCCAGUGCGUUCGCAGGCUGGGGUUGGCAUAGCAGGCGUGAUGUUGAUCUGCGCGACGGUGGCAGCUGGUCUGGGGUUCUGCGCCCUGCUAGGCAUCCCCUUCAACGCAGCGACCACUCAGAUAGUUCCGUUUCUAGCCCUGGGCCUCGGUGUUCACGACAUGUUCCUAUUAACGCACACCUACGCCGAGCUAUCGGUGAACGAGGUACCCAGUGGCGAGCAAACGGGAGUAGUUCUGAAGCGGACAGGGCUGUCGGUGCUGCUAGCUGGUAUCAGCAACGUGUCGGCGUUCUUCGCGGCCGCGUUGAUCCCUAUACCGGCUCUGCGGGUAUUCUGCCUGCAAGCCGGAGUGUUGCUGCUGUUCAAUCUUGCCGCGAUGUUGCUAGUUUUCCCGGCCAUGGUCAGCUUGGACCUGAGGAGACGUCGUUCAGGCCGCUCCGAUAUCUUCUGCUGCUGCCUGCCGUCUUCAAAUGCCGGCAGGAACAAGUACGCCGGCAGGACGACGAACGGCACUGCGAAGCAGACGGUGACCAGAGCGAUCCCUCCGGAGCGGCGCGAGACCUGCACGCAGAUUCUGACGUCGCAGAAUGCUCAGAGCGAGUCCUGGGUCGGCGGCAACCUGGACGUGGACCUGGACAAGCAGUGCAGCGAGGAGGACACCCUGACCGGUUGCAGCCAGGACGACUGCCUCAGUUUCUCGUUGACCCAGAUGGCGGCCAGGCAUUACGCACCUUUCAUCACCAAACCGGCGACCAAGGUCUUCGGCAUGAUGAUGCUGAUCGCGGUUCUAGCCGGCAGCGUCUGGCAGGCGAUCCGUGUGAACGACGGUCUAGAGCUGACCGAUCUGGUCCCGCAGAAUUCCAACGAACACGCUUUCCUGGCCGCCCAGGCGAAGCACUUCGGGUUCUACAACAUGUACGCUGUCACCGGCAGGGACUUCGAGUACCCUAACAACCAGAAGCUGCUGUACGAGUAUCACGACGCGUUCAUGAGGAUAAAGAACGUGAUCAAGAACGACAACGGCGGCCUGCCGGAGUUCUGGCUCAGUUUGUUUCGCGACUGGUUGAGAGGCCUGCAGGGAGCUUUCGACAGGGAUUACAGCAACGGGUGUAUCACGCAGGAGAGAUGGUACAAGAACGCCAGCGACGAGGCGAUCUUGGCUUACAAGCUCCUGGUCCAGACCGGCCAUGUUGAUAACCCCAUCGACAAGUCCCUGGUCGUUCAAGUCAGACUCGUCGAUUCCGAAGGGAUCAUCAACCCUAGAGCGUUUUAUAAUUACCUAAGCGCCUGGGUGUCCAACGAUGUCCUCGCUUACGGAUCCUCCCAAGCUAACUUGAGGCCGGAGCCCAGACAGUGGAUCUACACCAACGAUCACGAGCUGAAGAUCCCUAAAAGCAUGCCUCUGACGUACGCCCAGAUGCCGUUCUACUUGCACAAGCUCACGGACACGCAGGAGAUCACCGAAUUGAUUGGCAGUGUGAGAAAACUGUGCAGGAAGUUCGAGGAAAGGGGACUACCGAAUUUCCCUUCCGGCAUACCGUUUCAAUUUUGGGAACAGUACAUGGACUUGAGGAGCUAUCUGGGCAUAGCUCUGUUGGCUGCUCUGACUGCCAGCGUCGUCGUAGUUGGAAUUCUGCUGUUGAACCUCUGGGCUGCUUUGCUGGUCGGCUCGUCUCUUGCUGCUGUUGUUUUGCAACUCCUGGGGCUCAUGGGCCUGUGCGACAUCAAGCUGAGCGCGGUUCCUGCUGUACUUCUUGUUGUCAGCGUUGGGAUCGCGGUGCACUUUACCGUGCAUAUCUGUCUGAGUUUCGUCACGAGCAUCGGAAGCAGAGAUCGAAGGGUCCGCCUAGCGUUGGGGCACAUGUACGCGCCAGUGAUCCACGGGGCAUUGACGACUCUGCUGGCUAUCGUGAUGCUAGCCUUCUCCGAGUUCGAGUUCAUCGUGCGAUACUUCUUCUUGGUGUUGCUCUGCCUGAUCGGGAUCGGUCUGGUGAACGGCCUGUUCUUCCUGCCGAUCUUAUUGUCUUUGAUCGGCCCGUGUCCGGAAGUGAUACCCAACGAUCACCCGGAUCGGAUUUCAACACCAACACCACCUGCCUCGCCGAUCGUCAGAAGGUCGAAGCCCCCAGCACCACCCAGAAGAUCGUACAAGAUCGAUAAUGCUAGGUUACACGCCGAGCCUUCCUUGACGACGAUUACCGAGGAGCCGAACUCCUGGCAUAGUACGCAAGAGUCUUGCAUAAUCGUCCAGCCGGAAUUGAAGGUCGAGACGACGUCGACGUGUGGUAAUCAGAACUGUAGUGGAUCAGAUACAAGUGGGUCUAGUCGAAUAUCACCAGUGACGUCGACGUCUCAUAUCACGACCAAGGUCACUGCGACAGCUAACAUAAAGGUGGAAGUUCAUACACCGUUAACCAUAGGUACAAUGGACCGUAGUGAAAAAUGCAGGCACACGACCUCCAGUAGCCGAAGGAGCUCGCGCUGCAGUGCGAACGUUAAUGCUGGGGAGUCUUCCGGUUCCAGUUCGGAACCGGAUUCAGAUUCUAACCAACAUAAACACUAAUGAUAAGUACCGGCAUGACCGGCAGCUACUGCUCAAGUACCAUGCAAAGCGGGAACAUACAGAAGGCUGACUAGGAUAGAUUUAUAGUUUUUUUUCCUGUUCUCUUUAGUAACAUAGCGAGGCGCAAGCGCCUGAAUCGUGUAAGUACCGACAACUUUAUUCAAGAUAAGUUUGCUUCAGAUUGUAGACUCAAACUCGGCGUUCAAAUCCUUUCUAACACUUUAUCUGCAGGCACUGUUGGGCCUCAAAAUAAAUUAAGAAAUAUAAACAUUUCUUUGAAUUAUAGUCAUUUUUAGUGGAAUUUCGAGGUUGUCAUUCCAGUACAAUAUAUCAAUGGACUUUCUUAAACGGAAAUAUAUAAUAUUUUAACGUUUUUAACGUUUCAUCGUACCUUUUGGGAUUUUUCUAUGUAAAAGAAAAUUACCGAAAUCGUGUUCUGCAGAAGAAUUCCGGCAGCUAAGGUGUUAGAAAAGGUCACCGACCGUAUAUUUCGAUAGGAAACGGCGAACUGAUCUCGAAUAGAGCACGAAGUAAACUAUAGUUCCCUGUAUAGCGUCGACGAUCAGAAUUCACAGGGUAGUUCCACGUCGCUAAACGGUUGAACGUGUUUGUUCGAAUUGAGAAACAAAAGUAUUAUAACUGGAGAAGGUGUGUUUACGCCCACCCACGGAAUCGAUACGUACAGGGUGCGUUUAUGCAUAUAAAUGUCCUGAAAGACACAUUUAUAUAUGUAGUGUAUCAUACAUUCAAUGCAGAGCAUUGUUUGGCUGUCUUCUUUUCUGAAUUGAAUGUGUGAUAAUUAGGGGGGGGGGGGCAAGCAACGUCAUCGAAUCGACUCAAUAGAGAAAGGGAGAAAGAGAGAGCCAGAGAGAGAGAGAGAGAGAGAGAGAGAAAGAGUGUGUGCGUGUGUGUAAGAGAGCACGUCAGAAAAGAUGCUUUACUAUGCUCUGUGGUAUACGACAGUUUCCAUGAAACUAUAAGGAUAUUAUUUAGCAAAGUAGACAAAUUGAAUUAUCUCUUCUAUUAAAGUGUUAAUAAAUACGGUGACAAAGAUUAUGGGGACUCACGAGACGCGAGCGACGAUUGUAUAAUAUUUCUACGCUAGGGAUCUCUCGUAGAAUCCGUUGAACGAAAUGAAAGUAUAUAAGUAUUAACAUUUGUCUUCGUCGAGAUGUUAAGUUUAUCGAGAAUGCGCAACUUUAUGAAGAUGUUUUUUUUGUCUUGUCUUUUAGAAGAUACGUACAGCGUUGUUCGCAUAAUGCGUGGUGCAUUAAUGAAAAUGCAUUUAUUGGAGCGUGUAUACCUAUUUAGGUACCCCCGGGUUGCUUGACCUUGACAGAUUACGUUUACGUAACUAUUAUGCGUUGUGACUUCUGAUUCAGAAGCAAGGGUAGACUUCACGCAACGUUUCGCCUUCGUAAACCACUGCAACGUGGUGCCUUGGAAAAAUGAAAAAAGAUUAUGAAAUUCGAGCGACUACUAUUUAUUAUAAUGCUAACGGUUAACAUGCAGUGUGUAUAUGAACUCGAGCGAAUAUCGAAUCUGAAAUCUAUUUAUUAUUUAUUUUACGUCCUCACACUAAUAUUAUGACUAUUUAAAACGAUACGUUUUGUACAAUGCCCUAUUUCAUACGAUAAUUUGUAAAAAAAAAACACAAAUAUAUACUUAAUUAUUUAUGUCACACGCUAUAUAAUAUUUUUAUAUAAACUCGUUACUUAAUUUAAUAAAAAUAAGUCAAUUCAUCGGACCCGUACCUCUAAUGUAAAAAGGUGUAAUAUAUUAUCGGACAGUUAAUUAUCUGCAAGGUAUAUUUCGAUACAACGUACGUCGCAGACUUUUAUGUACAAUAAGAGAAGUAUUUUUUAUGAGAAGUCAACUUGUAAACAUAAUGAGAAUGCAGAGAAGGUAUUUAAUAAAAACAGAUGCUCUAUAAUAAGUGUAGAAUUAUUUGUGAAUAAGGAACAGAUUUAUAAGGAACAGAAUAGUCAAUGUGCCCCUCCAAUUGUAUACGCUAAAUUCCAAUAUCGCAUUUCGUCGAAAUUAGAACCACAACGGUGCAGUUCCGUGCAUCCAUCGAUUAUAUAUGUCUCGAUACAUUGAGCCAGUAAUUCUUCCUAAUCCCAUGUUUCAACUGGAGGUGUAAAAUUUAACUUACUAUUACUUUUAGUACGGUAGAAGCUAAUUAUUUUUAUGUACUGAAUAUAGAAGCAAUUAAUUGUAUGAUUUAUAAUAUUCAUUUGUACAUAAAUAUAUCGACGAUAUUGAAAUAA